UUUCCGCAUUUUUUGACACAUUGUCCGAACGUCGGAAGCCGCAGCUUGACAGCCUUGAGGGACGAAUUCACUCCGGUGAUAUCUGUAAGAAACAGAGGACAGACGAGUGUGUUGUCAGCCCUGGCAGUCUGCAUGUAGGUCCAGAUUUGUUGAGAGCGGGCAGUGUGCUGAACCAUUUGAAGUUGACCACUCAGGAGUCACUAGUGGAUCAACAAGGACCAACAGGGAUCAGAGGGAAGCAAGUCAACAUGGCGGUCUUUAAGCUGGACAAUGUGGAGGACUUCUAUGAGAUUGGAGAAGUGAUAGGAAGUGGGCAUUUUGGUCAGGUUCGGGAACUUCUGGAGCGGGCGAGUGGGACUCGCUGGGCAGGCAAGUUCUUGAAGAUCAGGAGGAGCUCAUGCAGCCGUCUGGGCCUGGACAGGAGCAGUGUGGAGCGUGAGGUGGAGGUCCUCCAGGCCUUGCAACACCCAAACAUCAUGGCCCUCAGGCAUGUGUUUGAGAGCCGAGCUGAAGUGGUGCUCAUUCUGGAGCUGAUUAGUGGAGGGGAGCUAUUCGACUUCAUUGCUGACAAGGAGAAUCUGUUGGAGAGUGAGGCCAUUGUGUUCAUGGAGCAGAUACUGGAGGGAGUGGGCUUCAUGCACAGCAAGCACAUCGCCCACUUUGAUCUCAAGCCAGAAAACAUUAUGCUGUCAGACAAAGAGGCUCCAAAACCCAACAUCAAGCUCAUCGACUUUGGCCUGGCCCAUCGCUUCCUUCCAGGGGAGGAGUACAGGAGUAUGGGCGGCACCCCACAGUAUAUUCCCCCUGAGGUGAUCAACCAUGAGCCUCUCAGUACAGCAGUGGAUUUAUGGAGUAUUGGAGUUAUUACCUACAUACUACUGAGCGGUUUAUCGCCAUUCCAAGGUGAGACAAAUGAAGAGACUCUGAGGAAUGUCGUCGCCAUGAACUACAAGUUUGAUGAGCGAUACUUCAGCACAACCAGCAACAUGGCCAAAGAUUUCAUCCAGAAACUCUUAGUGAAAAAUCCCAAUGAUAGACUGACAGCUGAGGAGUGUCUAAAUCAUCCAUGGAUCAAGCCCUUGACACGAAAACAAGUGGCCAACAGGAAUCGCUCCUCAAUCAAUAUGAAGAACUUCAAGAAGUUCAAUGCCAGGAGGAAAUGGAAAAUGUCCUAUAACAUGGUGUGGGUGUGUAACCGGUUGUGCCGGUUGAGGCUUUUGGGUAAAAGCAGUACAGAUCCAGAUGAAGAGCUGAGACAAUGUGAAAGCGAUGUAGAGGACUCCGAAACUAAACCAGCCUCUCUGCUUCGUCGAAGACUCAGUAGCAGUUCAUAGAGGCACCACAGUCCCAAGAUGCUCAGCACACCCAUACCUCUAGGUCUGGAGGAAAGGAUGCAGCUUACAGAGGCACUACUGAGGGAAAGAAGGUCAUGUGCUCAUGUUACAUGACUAGUUGAAAUGAAAUGCACUACCAAAUAUUGGAGUGAUAAAAACUGUAAGGUUUAGAGACGGUUAGGAUUAAAGAUGGUAGUGUGACAUGAGUGUGCUCUGAUUGGUCGAAGGGUACAUUUGUUAAUAGACUACAGAGAUUACAUGGAAGAAACCCUUCUGCCAAAGCUCAGUUCAGUAUUUCUAUGGAGUAUUGGAUGCCUUACGUGAUGUUUGUUUUAAAGGUUUGUCUAUAGUUGGGGAUGGCAAUGUUUCUGAGCCAGUUACUGAUUCUGGGGAUAGUUGUAAUCAUAUCAGUGGGUGGAAUUGUGUUUUUCUUUCAAGAAGAGUCUAAAACUAACUUGUGUUGUCUUCCUAAAGAUUUCAUUAUCUGCUAAAUAUAAAUAUAUAUUCUUAAAGUAUAUUUUGUCUUAUGGUUACUUAUAUACUAAAUGGCAGCAUAAUCUGCAUGCAAAAAAUAUAGUGGAUUGCAGUUAGAAUACAUCAUAUAUGAAGUUUUUCAACUCAAGCAAGUUUGCAGAAAAUUGCUUUCUACAGAAGGUAUUUGUAUAGUACAGUAUCUGCCACAAUAUUUCAGGAUGGAUGAAAUUAACAACUGUGUGUUAUAAUUCAUAACUUUAAAAUGGCACAGCCAAACAACCUAUUUAUUGUACUUUAAGUUGCUGCAGUCGCCUCCGUUUUGUAAAGACAGCUGCCGUUUCAAGCUGCUAGUGUGAAAAACUCGCAGAUCCAUAAGCUGAAAGCUGUGAGCAAGGCAAUUUAUUUUUAAAUAUUAUGGAAUGCUGCCUAGACCAUCACUCUGCACCCUUCUUACUCUCAAUCAUCAUUGUAUGCCUCGGAGUAAUACCAGUGUCCAUUCCAUGUCAACUCCUAAAAAACGAGAGAUGCUGAGUUGCAAAGAAGAAUUGUAAUACAUGGUGCUAAAAAAAGACGAGAAGAGGAUGCUUUUUGUAGCUCUUUCAUGCCUGCCAUUACACCAUUUCACUCCUAUUCAUGUUCAAAAAAAUGUGAAAUGCUUGAAAACUUGAAAUUUGCUAUGCAUAGGUAACUUCCAUCUUGUUUGAUUUUUUUGUCUUAUAUUGUUAUUGUUUUAAUUUUUGAUCGUAUUACCAGACAUUAAAACAACAUUGCAGAGUUAAAUAUGGCUGCCUGUGUUCCAGCUGUUUACAUUUUUCACAUUCACUGUAUGUUAACCACUUCCUUGUAGUAUACAUAUAGUACCCUGGUUUUGGCAGUUCAGUAUAAGGGUUAGAUUGUAUGUGUGUUUCCAUAGCUAACAUUGAUGUACUUGCUAAAAACUUAAAAAAAAAAAAAAAAAAAAAAUCCAAGACUGCUGCAGGCCAGGCCACACAUAGCACCACCUGUGGCAUCAGCUGCCACGUCACACUUCACACAGAUUUGGGUUUGGGGUCAAAAUUCCCCAUAAACUGCAAAAAGCAGCUUAUCUCAUGUUUAAAAAAAAAAAAAAAAAAAAAAAAAAAA